AUGGGCAAAUACACUGCACUAGCUAAUGCGGCCAUUUCUGGCAAAUAUGGGUUCUGGAUUAGGGAUAGUGUCAUAUUAACGAGAAGGUGAGAGCGAGAAGACGCUGCGCGCGGAGGUGGCGCGCGGGGACCACCUGGUGGCGACCGACGCCAACCGCCGCCGCCUCAUCCACCGCGCCAAGAUGAAGUCGCUGCGCAUCUCCAUCGUCAUCGUGGCGGCCUUCAUCGUGUGGUGGACGCCCUACUACACCAUGAUGAUAAUCUUCAUGUUCCUCAACCCGGACAAGCACCUGAGCGAGGACUUGCAGUCGUGGAUCUUCUUCUUCGGGAUGAGCAACAGCCUCGUGAACCCCAUCAUCUACGGCGCCUUCCACUUGUGGCGGCCUCGCAAGAAGCGGCUCGGCAGCAACAGCAACAGCGAAUACAAGCAGAGGUACGCCUUUCAAGUACUUAUUUAUUCGUCAAAAACGGCAUUGGUU